AUGUCUUUGAAUAAUAUACUGUCAGGGAUUGCGUUCCUUCUAAUCCUUCGUCUCCUGUUCGAAUAUCAUCGCGGCCGUAAACUGCCCCCAGGCCCACGUCGCCUCCCACUCAUUGGCAAUAUUCAUCAAGUCCCGAAAGAUCAUCCCUGGCGAGUGUAUGACCAAUGGAGCAAGAAGUAUGGACCGCUCAUGAGCGCCCAAUUCGGCCGUCAAACCAUGAUUCUCAUCGCAGACGCUAACAUAGCCCGUGAACUGCUCGAUAAACGGGGCAGCAUCUACAGCGACCGGCCGCGGAUGGUCAUGGCAGGUGAGAACUUGACAAAGGGCAUGCAUUUGCUGAUGCGGCAGUACGACGAGCGGUACCGGCUGCAUCAGCGCAUGGAAGCCCCAGUGUUGAGUCCACGUGCGUCGCCGACAUAUUUCCCCCUCCAAGAUCUGGAAAGUAAACAGCUUCUGCAUGAUCUGCUUUCGUCCAACGACUUCUGUAAGCAUUUCGAGCGGUUUUCCUCCAGUCUGGGGUACAGUCUCGCAUACGGGAUCCGGCUGCCCACCGGCGACGAGCAGGACAUCCAGGACCUUCGGCGCAUCCUGCAUAAUUUUACUUACGCCGCGCGUCCGGGGACGUGGAUUAUCGAUGCCAUUCCUCUGUUGAAUCACUUGCCUGCGUGUCUAGCACCGUGGAAACGCACCGCAGAGGAACUGUUCCAGCUUGAGGCCGCGCUGCACCUCAAAAACAUGGAUAUCGGGCUGAAACGCAAGUCCUGGAAUUGGACCAAAGAGUUCGCCAAGACCAAGCAGGCGCAAGAAAUGGAUAAGCUGGAGUUCGCGUACGAUGUGGGUAUCCUCACGGAUGCAGCAUACGAGACUACCGCGACCGUCAUGCGGGUGUUCGUUCUAGCUGCACUGGCCUAUCCCUCCUUUAUCGCCAAAGCGCAAAAAGAGCUCGAUGAUGUGGUUGGACCGGAUCGACUACCUACACUGUCGGACAAGGAGAACCUGCCCUACAUCCAAGCUCUGAUAGAAGAAACCCUACGCUGGCGAAGCAUCGUUCCUGGCGGUGUACCUCACGCCUCCGCAAAAGAAGACACUUAUUUAGGCUACGAGAUCCCCAAAGGAGCGACCAUUGUUGCGUUACAUUGGUCCAUGAGUAUGCACGAGGGCCACUUUGAGAACCCGAUGGAGUUUCAUCCCGAGCGCUGGCUGAAUUCCGAGCCUGAAGGGCGCUUUACUAACUUCUUUGGGCCGAAGGCUAUUGACGAUAUGGCGUUUAACUCAGGGUUUGUGUCGGUGCCGGAUCCUUUUGCGGCGCUGUUUGUGCCACGCAGCGAGCGCGCGAAGAUCGUUAUUGAGAAGGAGUGGGAGGACACCGAGAAGGACUUGAACGUGUUGAUGGAUUCGAUCAGGGAGCAGCAGAGGUCGAUUGGAUUGGACUUUGUGCCUAAGGCCUUGCGUGAAUUCAGUACAGACCCCGAAGACCCUCCCUUUCUAUACUAUCUUGUUGAAUCAAAGGACUGCCCCAGCACGAGAGAGGGGUUCAGGACGAGGUUACAAGAUGGUGAAUCUUUUGAGUCUGAUUUCAUCAAUGCCUCGAAAGAGGAGUGCCAGAAAUGGGCACUAGACAAGUGGCUCCAGCCUAUUAAGUUCAACUUUAUUGAACAGAGUAUUAUCGCUAUUGCAGAUGAGCGAAGUGCUCAGGAUGGGACUCUUCUUAUGAGCUUCUACUUUGGUGAAGAUGCCCCGGACGAGCCUCCUAUGGAAUUUAAUGGAUAUGGGCCUCUCCCGCCAAAGGGCAACACCUGGUACGACUUCAGAAUUCAUCAUAAUGCAGCUCAACUGUUCCACGCCUCUGUUUUAUUCACUGAACCGGAUAUUCUCUUUCCUAACUAUUUUGGACGACCUGACAAAUUCACGGAUGAGACUGGUGUCUUCGAUGUGCUGAAAGCAUGGAAGCACACAGAAGAAAGCAGUGAUAAGGACGGGUAG